AUGUCUAUCCAAUUCACUUCGACUUCAACAGUAAAAUCUUCACUCAUGUCUCUAUCUCACUUACCCGCCUCGUCUCAUAAUUCAUUAAAAUUUCAACUCACACAUUUCUUUAGCUUUGAGUCCAGGCAGCAAAACAACAGAAAAUUUAUAGCAUUUUUGCUCUGCAUGCCUUUAAUGCUUCGUCGUCGACGAGGUUGA